UUGUGGAGAGGUUAGCAGUUUGUCCCGGUAGUUGUGGUCGUACGUGGAGUUAAAAGGCCGAUGAGCAGGAUGAGGAAAGGCGACCACUGAUGUUACGGAUCAAACAUUUUGAAUCGGUUUGUAAGGGUUCCCAAACACAAUCAAGUCGGUCGUGAGCGUCUCUGCUUCGACAUGGACUCGUCUAAACAAGAGGAGAGCGCCGCGAUGCUCCAGGUGGCUGCUGAAGCCUUCCAGGCGAAAAACUUUGAGCUGGCAGCCGAGAUCUAUCUGUGCCAGUUGAAGGAGGGUACAUAUGUGGGCUCUAAGUGGGACCUGUUGUUGAAAAGAGCCAACUGCUUGGCAUUAGGGGGUAAACUGAACGAAGCUUUGGAAAUCUACCGGGAAGCUUCCAGACAAGAGGAACUGGGUGUUUUGCAGCUGAAGACAAUAGUGGAGUUCUUGAUGGAGCAAGUUAUGAACGAUAAAGGGCAAGGGGUUACUCGGCAACAGACUGGCAACACUUUGGGGUUUUUUUCCUGUCCUGGUUGCCGUGGCUUUCUUUUCGAUCCUGUUACAUUGCCAUGUGGGCACACUUUUUGUAAGCGGUGCCUAGAGGUGGAAAGGGACUGCAGCAGUGCACAACCAUGUAAACAGUGUAAGGGGAGAACUGACGUGCCUGCAUUGACCUCACGACUCCGGCCGAACCGGGUCAAUGUUGUUCUUGGUAAUUUGUUAUCUAAGUGGGUUCCCACUGAGUUGAAGGCGUUCCAACUCCAGCAAGAAAGGGGUCUGUUAUAUAAAGACAAAAAAAUGGAAGCUGCGUUGAUAAUGUACAAUGAGACAAUACUUUUAGGCAACCAUUUGCUGUAUGGCAACCAUUCGGUGUCUAAUUCUGGUCUCAGAGCUUAUGAAGAAACACUGAGUGAUACUGAGAUUGCUUGUAGACCUCAGCCUUUUUGGUUAAAGAGUCAGUUAAAGAAAAUCCAGGCACUAGUGAACGUUGGGAAAAUGGAAGAAGCAUUAAGGGAAUACCUUCUUUACCUUACUUCAAACCAAGAGAAGACUGUGAAUGCCAAACUGGAAAGGGUUAACACUGGAAAAAAAGACGGUGAAACAAUGGAGGAAGAAACUUGUAAGAAGUCACUUGAGAUAACACAAAGUGAGAGCUUUUUGGAAGGCGAUGGCAAACCAAAGUCUUGUUUUCAGAGUCCUGUCUUGCCUCUUUCUGAAAGAUGCAGUGCAUUAAAACGCAAAUGCAGUGAUCAGAGUUCAGGGGUGCCAUGCAAGAUCCGUAAGCAAGUAAUAACCCCCAGCGCAAGUCUUGCUUUAGAAUACCGUGUUCCAGUGGAACUUGUAGAUGCAUCUGAUCUAGAAUGCUCCUUGUGUAUGAGACUUUUCUAUGAGCCAGUCACUACACCCUGUGGGCACACCUUCUGCCUCAAGUGUUUGGAGCGAUGUUUGGAUCACAACCCACAAUGCCCUCUGUGCAAGGAGGACUUGUCUGAAUACCUGGUGCAAAGAAAAUACUGCCGAACUGUCUUGCUGGAAGAAUUAAUAGCAAAGUACCUUCCUGAUGAAUUGCAUGAUAGAAAGAAAAUUUAUGAAGAUGAAGUCGCUGAACUUUCUAAUCUGAACAAGAAUGUUCCAAUAUUUGUGUGUACCAUGGCGUAUCCUACUGUCCCAUGUCCGCUGCACAUUUUUGAGCCACGGUAUCGGCUCAUGGUCCGAAGAUGUAUGGAGACUGGUACAAAACAGUUCGGGAUGUGCAUUAGUGAUCCUGUCAAGGGGUUUGCAGAUUAUGGCUGCAUGCUGGAAGUCAGAAAUGUGGAGUUUUUUGCAGAUGGUCGCUCUGUUGUCAAUAGCAUCGGUAAGAGGAGGUUCAAAGUGAGAGCGCAUGGCCAACGGGAUGGAUAUAAUACUGCAGAUAUUGAAUACCUUGAAGAUAAAAAGGUAGAAGGAGACGAAUAUGCAGAGCUGCUGUCUUUACACGAUUCUGUAUAUGCCCAGGCUUAUUCUUGGUUUAACUCACUAAUGCAACUACUGAAGAAUCGAAUUCUCAGCCAUUUUGGUGCAAUGCCUCCCAAGGAUUCAGAUCCCCAGGAAAAUGCAGAUGGCCCAGCCUGGUGCUGGUGGUUAUUGGCUGUUCUUCCUCUUGAAAACCGUGCCCAGCUCCCAUUUUUGGCAAUGACAUCACUGAAAGAUCGUUUGAAGGGCAUCCGCCGUGUAUUAAACUUUAUGUCACAGACUCGAGCACGAUGAUGACUUCUGUAGAAAAUACAUUCAUCACAAUGUGCUGAUAGCUGUAAAUUUACUAAAGACUCUCUUAACUCAGUCUUAAUAUUCUCAGUGUGUCAUAUCAGGUUCUUCAAACAUUGCUGCUGACAGUUCUUGUAAUAAGGUAGAUAAUUAUGUAAAAUGGCCAUAUCUGCCAACCGUGCUAUUGCUGCAAUUUUAUUGUACAGUAUCUAUAAAUCUGAAUAUUCUUUGGUAUACAUUUUUUAUUUAAUUUUGACCUUUGUAUCUUAAUUGGCCUUAUUCACAUGUUGUAAUUUAAAAAUAAGUAUAUUUAUAUUGUACAGAAUUGGCAUUCCAUUAUUGCAAUAUAGCUACAGUCCUUUCAUAUUGGUGUUAUUUUCAAAUAUAUUUUUUCAUCAGA